AUGGCUUCAAGGGCUAAGUUUAGGUUAACGCCAUUCAUGGUGAAAAUCAGGGAUUUUCUUCUAAUGCGUGAGUAUAACAACGCUCUGCGUUAUGGAGAUAUGAUGGCUAAGCGGACGCAGCCACCAGCUAAUCUUCCCCCAGGCAAAGCACAUAAGUUAUCAGAAAAUUACUACUAUAAUCGCGACCUCCGACGCUCAGUCGAACCACCUUUCGAGGUUUUCAGUAGUGGACCAAAAAGGCUUUCUGAUGGCUCUAGUCAAAGUGAGACUGGGGUUUCUGUCAGCGACUUCACUCCCGGGUUUAAACAUAACUGGGAUUCUGCUUUGAAGCGUCCUUAG